AUGAUUCAAUUACGGUUACUUUCUUUGUUUGUCUUAUUUCAAUAUUCUUUUGCAAAUCAAUGUAUUUAUUUGAUUAUUAAAUCUGAUAAUACAACUGAUAGAUGUCUUAAUUCUAAUUGUUCACAAUUUCUUGAUAUUAAAUCAUUGAUUGUUCAACCCAAAAUAUGUAAAACUGAUCAAUUAUCUUUUGCAUUUUCAUCCUACAAAACAUUUGUUACAUUUCGUCAUGGACUUGGAUGGAGAUUGGGUGAUUUAUUUCAUUCGGAAUUUAAUUCUCAUGUGAAUCGUCAAUUGAUUUUGUAUUUGAAUGAAAUAAAUGAAGAUGAUCAACCAUUUGAUUAUAAAGAAUUAAUUCAUUUAGGAAUUUAUUUGGAUUUUUAUAUUAUUUUCGUUAAAAAUUAUUCGGAAUGGAUAAUGUCAAAAUUGAAAUUUCGAUGUUUGAAAUUCAGUGGAUUUGAUAAAUAUCCAUGUACAAGUCAAAUUCUUUCACCUUUACGUUGGAUUUCUCAUCAACAAUCGAGAUUUUCGACAACAGAAAUGAUUUCAACAACAGAAAACAUCCGAAAAGAAAUCAAAUCAUCGACGAAUUUUAUUUUAUUUAUUUGUCUUUCGUUAUGUAGUCUUUUCAUAAUCUUUAUUUUCAUUUGGAAAUAUUUAAUUCAUCGUCGAGCAAUUCUUUCUGAACCUUCAAUUGAAAAAGUAUCUUCAAUAUCUACGAUAACAAUCGAUCGAAGAGAAUCAUUUAAUCAUCAUCAAUCAAUGGUUUUAGAGACAAAUUCUGUUGAAAGAGAACAAGAAUUUGUUUUAGUUUCAUCUACAAAUUGUUUUUGA